AAGCUUACAGAGAAGCUUGAAAAGUCAACCAAGCAAGCUGAAAGAAGCUUGAAUAAGAAGGCAAUUUUGAGUUCACGCCGUGACGAGAUCAACAAAAAGAUCAGAGAGAUUGGUGUUUUACCAGAAGAAGCAUUCGAUUCCGAGAAGUAUGACAAAUUUGAAUCCGAUGAGUUGUUGACUCAGCUUAAUGAAACAAACACCGAUUUAAAGAAGUACAACCAUAUCAAUAAGAAGGCUAUCGAACAAUAUGACAUGUUUACAUCCAGACAUAACGACUUGGAAGUCAGACGUCAAGAGUUGGAUGCCUCCAAGGAGUCCAUUGGUAACUUGAUUACUAACUUGAAGUUGCAAAAAGAUCAAGCGAUCACCAACAGUUUCAAAUUAGUUGCUCAAAGCUUCAGUGAAGUAUUUGAAAAACUCGUGCCUAAUGGAACUGGUAAAUUGAUUAUGCAGAGAAAAAGAGCUACAGACCAAGAUGAUGACGAGGAAAUGAUUGACGAAGAAGAUGCUGCCACAGAAGAUGCUGCCACAGAAGAUGUUGAUAUGCUGAGCAGAACCGAUAUAAAUGACUACGUCGGUGUCUCAAUAUCCGUUUCAUUCAACUCCAAGUACGAUGAGCAGCAGAGAAUUGAACAAUUAUCUGGAGGACAAAAGUCCUUAUGUGCCAUUGCCUUGAUCUUGGCCAUUCAAAACUGUGACCCAGCUCCAUUCUACUUGUUUGACGAAAUCGAUGCUAACUUGGAUACACAGUAUCGUACGUCUGUUGCCUCCAUGAUCCAUGCAUUAAGUGAUAGAGCUCAGUUUAUUUGCACCACUUUUAGACCAGAGAUGUUACAAGUAGCCGACAAAUUUUAUGGUGUGACGUUCAAUAAUAAGGUUACUACUGUGAGCGAUAUCACUCGGAACGAUGCUACGUCGUUUGUGGAAGGCCAACAUCAAACUUAAUAUAUACUUUUUGAACGAAUGGGCUGAUCUCUAUAGUAAUUGAGUUUUUUU